CUGUUAAAGAAUAACAGUGCGUGACACACUUGCCUGGAGCCAAAUAUUAAUUAUCGGAAAGACCUUUGUUACUUUCAGAACACCGCAAAUGCAGGUCUUUCUGAAUGCCACAUCGUCAUAACAGUGUGCUGAUAAAAAUGAAUAGACAGGGAAAGUAUGUAGAACAGCUGUCUACUAUGAGGUUCAAGUGGAGACAGAGCGUCUUGCUCUUAGCAGUGAUACUUGGAUGCAUUUCCGAAAUAACUGGUCAAUCAUGUGAGGGACAGUGUGGUGAAACAUGGGAGACGUGUUCAUGCCAUGCUACAUGUGUGUCCCUCCUGAGCUGCUGUGGAGACUACAGGCAGUACUGUCUCCAGAUCUCCCCGUACUCAGGGACCAUGAUGGGUGGAAGUGUCUUCUCUAUUCUCAAUGCCACCUUCUAUCCAAGCAAGCAAGAGCAGCUCACCUGCAGGUUCAGGGGUGAGAUAGAGGUAGUGGGUUACACUGACGGAGAAGGCAGGGGUUACUGUGUCUCCCCCUUACUGCUCCAGAGUGGAUGGGUUCCCUUUGACGUCUCUACAGAUGGCCGGAACUUCAACAGUUCUGGAGAAUACCUGUCAGUCCACCCAAGUAAAAUGGACGCUGCAUUUAAAGUGACGCUGGUGAAUUCAACACAGUGGCAAUACUAUGGCACCCCCAACACAUCUGGAACACUGAGGAUGACAUGGAACCCUUCUCUGAUUGGAGACAAGGACAGCGUCAACAUAGAACUAUGGGGCUACAGAGAGGUCAAUACCACUACUGCUAAUACUACACGGGAGGAAGAGUUGUCCCCCCUGAGGGCAGAAUGGACCUACCUGUACUCUCUCGGUAGAGGCCUGGCCAACAGCGGCAGUUUCAGCUUCACCCCCAAGUCUUCCGAGAAGCCCUACUCUGACUGGGAGAUGGGAAGUGUCAGAGUGAGCUCCAGUAUCUACUCAGAUGGAGCCAGGAACGUCAGGGCUGUGUGGAGUGGGGCCCAUGCCUUGGCCUGGCACCUGGAGGAAGCCUUCAGGCAGGACUCCGCAGCCUGGGCCCUGGACAGGUGUCUGACCUGGGAUGUCCUGGAGAAGAGCCUCCCUAACUUCCUGGAGGAAGUGGUGGACUGUCCCUGUACCCUGGCCCAGGCCCGCGCAGACACCGGCAGGUUCCAUACUGACUACGGCUGUGACAUGGAGAAGGGGAGUGUGUGUACGUACCACCCUGGCUCUGUACACUGUGUCCGAGCCAUACAGGCAAGCCCUAUGUACAGAGCAGGACAGCAGUGUUGCUAUGACAGCACGGGGGCCCAGGUUCUGACAGGGGACUCGAUUGGAGGCAGCACCCCAGAUCGGGCCCACGACUGGGGCUCCCCUCCCUACAGAGACCCCCCUCGGAUCCCCAGCCUCUCCCACUGGAUGUACGACGUCCUGACAUUCUACUACUGCUGUCUGUGGUCUGACCACUGCCGGAUCUACUUUACACACAGACCCUCCAGCGGAUGUAGACAAUACACACCACCUAGAGCUGGUGCAGUCCUAGGGGACCCUCAUUUUAUAACGUUUGACGGUGUGAGCUACACCUUCAAUGGGAAAGGAGAGUACUACCUGGUUCUCUCGCCAGACAGAGGGCUCAGUGUUCAGGGCCGGACAGAGCAGGUUAAACUAGAGAAUGGUACAUUAUCCAAAGCUACCAGACUAUCGGCGGUGGCUAUGAAGGAGAGGAGCUCUGAUGUCAUAGAGGUGCGCCAGGCAGAGCAGCAGGACCAGCUGGAGGUGUUGAGGAACCAGCAGGUCCUCUCCUUCACAGAGCAGAGAUGGAUGGACCUACAUGGUGUGUUCCUGUACUCCCCAACACCCCAGAACGUGACCGUCAUGUUCUCCUCUGGGGUGGGGGUGGAGGUACGGGGGCGAGAGGGGGGUGCCAUGGCCCUUACCGUGCUGCUCCCCUCAGACUACGCCAACCUCACCCAGGGCUUGCUGGGACAAAUGAACUCUGACCCCUUAGAUGACCUCCUGACCAGCCUGGGAGAUGUCGUCUUCCCUGACAACCCCAGCCCUGAGGAAAUCUUCACCUUCGGAGCUGGCUGGAAAACCUCCAACGAGACGUCUCUGUUCACCUACGACACUAAGUACCUGUUGGACACGUACUACUACGUGAAACACGACCCAACCUUCAUCCCAGCCUUUUCUGUGUCCAGUGACCCAGCUGACCCUCUGGUGGAGGACAUGCUGAAGAUGUGCUUCGGUGAGGGGGCCCAGUUCUGCAAGUACGACACCAUGAGCACCCGUAGUCUGGUUGUGGGUAACGCCACCCUCCUGUCCUUCAGAAGUCACGAGACACUCAUGCAAGACCUGGAGUCUGUGGUGUCCUGUGGGUGGCUGGCCACGCCGAGGUACGGUGCGAAGAUAGGUACACGCUACCUAGAGGGGGCGACAGUGAGCUUCACCUGUAACAGUGGCCACGUCCUGUAUGGAUCCCCAGAACGCACCUGUCUACCCAGCGGAGAGUGGACUGGAGAGGAAACCUCCUGUGUCUCUGAUAAUGUCCUAGGAGUGGUGCUGGGUUCUGUGUUUUCCAUAGCUACUCUGAUAACCAUGGGGGUGAUGAUCAAUCUACACUUCAGGAAACAGAAAAGAGAAAGACAAGAGAAACUGGAUGGAAAGGUGAUAUAUGAACAUAGUUGAUGUCCUCUAGUGUAACUCUCCCUGUCCAGGUGAUUUUAAAUGAACCUUCUACUGCAUCACCCUUAAGCUGGCCUCGAUGUGCGCUAAUGUAGGAGCAAAUUAUGUUUUUUACACAAUGUUGAAUUUUUGUGGAUCAGGGAUGAUGCGUUGUCCUCAUUGUGUAAUACAUGUGUACAUUGCACUGGAGAUUACUUUAAAUAACGGUCUGUAAAUUAAGGCUUACAGAGCAGACCUGCUUGGUUUGUUCACGGUCUCUACAUUUUCUAGGACUAAAUAUUCAUUUCCUGGAAACAAAAUUAUGUGAAUACUUUGAGAUCCCAUCUACUGUAUGUUAACACUCCAUUUUCCUAUUAACUUAGAAUGGUCCCAGACGUAUACUCUUGUAGGUGUGUCAAUCUCGUGAUCGUUUUAAGGUUGAAUGACUUUGACAAGUUAUGUAGCUCAUGUGUGGGCUCACUGCCUUUUGUUCAUUCCAUUCAAUGGUUGAGCAAAAAUCAUUCGAAAUAACAUGUCACCAAAUGGCUACCAAAUGGCUGCCAAUUGCACUGAAGCAAAGCUUAUGCUUUUUCUAUCUUCAAAUGAAGUACCAGUAUUGAAUAAAGAAUAGAUACUGUGGUGGAAUAAUGUUUUGAUCGUAAUUCAAUGAAGAAAAAUAAAUACAAUUGUGAAAGAA